CACCGAGGCUUGUUUGACCAUUCGUCACACAAUGCAAGCUCAAAAGUAAAAGAGAGGAAACUACAUGGGACUUGUCCUCCUGUUGGUCGUGGAACCUACGGAAAACCAUGUUUGAGUGAAAGCAGUCAGAGGUCCCCAUUUUUUAAUCCCCGGAAUGGUUUUCACACCAUACAUUCAGAGCACAGUCCUGUGAAGCCAAGGAUUAUUACAGUGGUGAAACCCGGUGGACGCACACUCAGAAGGAUAACCUUGCUUCUCAACAGGAGAUCGGUCCAGACCUUUGAACAGCUGAUGGCUGACAUUUCAGAAGCUCUGGGAUUUCCACGCUGGAAGAAUGACCGUGUGAGAAAACUUUACAAUCUGAGAGGCAAAGAAAUCCAAAGCGUUUCUGACUUCUUCAGGGAAGGCGAUGCAUUCAUAGCUAUGGGGAGGGAGCCCCUCACUUUGAAGAACCUGGAAGUGGUAUUACAAGAGCUUUAUCCUGAAAAUCCUUAUGCUGCCGGUGCUGCCGUUCAGCAGAAUGAGGAACAGUCCCAAAAACUGAAGAGCAGACUGUAUGACAAGGCUUCAAAAGUGGACAGUGGCUUUGAUGAGACAGAAAUGACCAAGAACUGCUGUGAUGGCAUGUCUCCCAAAAUGGUAGCUGGACGUGAAGGAAAAAGUCAAGCCAAGACGAAGCAAGAAGAAAAAAUGAAAACCAAGAAAAAGUGGACUAGAGAGAGCUGGGGUGGUGAGCAAGGAGUGAAGCCUUCUAGAAAAACCCGAGAAAACGAGAGGUACCUUAACCACGAGAGGAGUCUUGAGGAGGGAUUAGAAGAGAGUUCAGAGGAGGUGGUGAGAUGUGAGAAGUGUGAACAGGAAAGGCAGGCCAGACAAAAGCUGCAAAGGGAAAGGCAGGCUGAGGCCUCAUUUGAGAGCAGAGACGCAUGUCAGAGGUACCAUGUAGAAAGAAAUGCGAAAAUCAGGAAUUGCCAAAAAUCCUCAGACACUUGUCUGGAAGGUGAGGAAGUUGGUUGGAAAGAGAAUGGCUGUAGGAGGACAUGGAAGUCCCUACAUAAGAAUGUUAAUGAAGUGCUGGAGAAGCAAAAAAGGAGCAUGGAGAAGGAAAGGGAUGCGGAGAAACAUGAAAACCACAGGAAGGAAGUAGUGAAAAUCAAGAAGAACGCUGUGGAAGGGCUGCAGCUAACUCACGAAGGCAAGGAAGAGAAUGGAAGUAGCUGCAUAAUGAACCAAAGCGGUUGGCUAAAGAAAGACGCUCUGAGGGAUGCUGAGAAAGCCUCUAAAACACAUAGGGAGGGCAGAGAGGGACAAAGGGCUAAAGAGGAGGGUGCCAGGAGAGAGGGGAACAUCACGUGUAGAGAGAGUGACGUGACGCGCCGAGAGAAAACAGGGGAGCGCAGGGUGAAUAAAGAAGAGAACAAGGCUCAGGGACUGGAAAGCACGAGCCGGAGGCACGUCAUUAAAAGCAGAUCCGACGUGGAAAAACACUACGAGAUUGGCAGAACUAUUGGAGAUGGGAACUUUGCAGUGGUGAAGGAAUGUCGCCGCUGUGACUCCAAUCAGAUCUAUGCCAUGAAAAUCGUUGAUAAAUCCAAGCUGAAGGGGAAAGAGGACAUGAUGGAAAGCGAAAUUCUGAUCAUUAGGAGUCUCUCCCAUCCCAAUAUAGUAAGCUUAAUUGAAGUGUAUGAGACAGAAGCUGAGAUCUACCUAAUCUUAGAGUAUGUCCCAGGAGGGGACUUAUUUGAUGCAAUCAUAGAAAGCGUGAAGUUCACGGAGCAUGAUGCUGCUGUCAUGAUCACUGACCUGUGUGAAGCUCUGGUUUAUAUUCAUGGCAAGAACAUUGUCCACAGGGACCUCAAACCAGAGAAUCUUUUAGUUCAACAUAAUUCAGAUAAAUCUACUACACUGAAACUAGCAGAUUUUGGCCUCGCAAAGCAGGUUACGAAACCCAUAUUUACCGUGUGUGGAACACCAACGUAUGUUGCCCCCGAAAUACUUGCGGAGAAGGGCUAUGGGCUCGAAGUAGAUAUGUGGGCAGCUGGUGUGAUCCUUUACAUUCUGCUCUGCGGUUUUCCCCCUUUUCGCAGUCAGGAUCGUGAUCAAGAAGAGCUGUUUCAGAUCAUACAGCUGGGUCACUAUGAGUUCCUGUCCCCAUACUGGGACAAUAUUUCUGCAGCAGCAAAAGACCUCAUAACCAGGCUGUUGAUAGUGGAUCCCCAGAAGCGCUACACAGCACGACAAGUACUUCAGCACCCUUGGAUCAGAACAGCUGGAAAAACCAACAGCAGAAAUUUGCAGAGGGAAGUGACAAUAAAUAUUGAGCGUCAUUUCCGGGCCCAGCGCCGAAAGGAAGUUGCAGAUGAGGACACAUGAAAUCUCCUCAAGCUCAUUUAGUCUUCUUUUUAUUGAUUAACAAAUGGUUUAAGUUUUAUUUUCUAAAUGAAUUUGGCCUUUGGUGUAUAGCUGCUGCUGGCCAUUUUUGUUUUUUGAUUCUGAGAUUCUAGAGAAGGACAGAUCAAAUUCGCAUCCGUGUCCCUCUGAUGUUCCUUGAGAGUCUCUCUGUUGACAGCACAGGGGACUAGAUGUUUCCUGGAGGGUACCUAUUAUUUUUGUUUAAAUACUGAUUUGGGCUAUUACAUUACAAAAUGUAUACCUUUUUAGAUGACAAAUAAUUUGCUUAUGUGGCUGACAUGAGUGACAGCUGUGAAAUGCUUUCUCUUGUCUCUUUUUGUAUGAUACCUUCCAGGAGUUUUCUGUUUAUAGUGUUUUCAAAAUUGCUGUCUCCAUACACAUCCUGCACUAAUUCUCUAAACUGUCUUUUCACCAAUUAUAGCUAGUAAUGGAGAAGGUGAAGGAAUAAAAAAGAGUAAAUAUAUUCUUUAGCUGUAGGAUAUGCUAAAUAAGAAGGAAGAUACUAUUUAUUAGGUUGUGAGGUAAGAAAAAUCCUUAUAGACUAAAUCAGAUAUUUUAUGAUAUCUCCCUUGACAACAUCUUUUAUUGGAUGCUCUUGGCAGUAGACUGUACAAUGUUUCUGUUAAACUAUGGCAGUGCUGUAUAAUAGUAGUUUCAUUUAUUUAUGAGAAGAAGUGGGAAGAUAUCAUGGCUGAUAUGUUUUCAAGACUACUAAUAACUUUCAAAGUGCUUUUACUUCCUACUCUGGGAGGUAGGAAGCUAAGCAAUUCUAGGGAACUUUGGUUCUUUUCCCAAAAGUGUAGUUAUGGAAUGAUAACUCAAGUGUUUUUUUCAUACUGCUUUUUUUUUUUUUUUUUU